GUGUAGCGGCCGGCUGGUCAGGCUCGGCACCGUGCUGGGGCGCGGGGCGUAACCCCCGUUAGGAGCCAUGCUCGGCAGGUCUGGGUACCGGGCGCUGCCCUUGGGGGACUUUGACCGUUUCCAGCAGUCGAGCUUCGGCUUCCUGGGCUCGCAGAAGGGUUGCUUGUCCCCGGAGCCGGGCGGCGUGGGGCCGGGGGCCGAUGCACCUCAGAGCUGGCCUUCCUGCCUCUGCCAUGGCCUCAUCAGUUUCCUGGGGUUCUUGCUGCUGCUGAUCACCUUCCCCAUUUCUGGUUGGUUUGCCCUGAAGAUCGUGCCCACCUAUGAGCGCAUGAUCGUGUUUCGACUGGGCCGGAUCCGCACCCCUCAAGGACCCGGUAUGGUUCUCCUCCUGCCCUUCAUUGACUCUUUUCAGAGGGUGGAUCUGAGGACACGAGCCUUCAGUGUCCCUCCUUGCAAGCCCCUCUUUCAUGGCCUCCCCCAACAGUUGGCCUCUAAGGAUGGGGCUGUGCUAUCUGUGGGGGCUGACGUCCAGUUCCGCAUCUGGGACCCGGUACUGUCGGUGAUGACAGUGAAGGACCUGAACACAGCCACACGCAUGACGGCCCAGAAUGCCAUGACCAAGGCUCUGCUCAAGAGGCCUCUGCGGGAGAUCCAGAUGGAGAAGCUCAAGAUCAGCGACCAGCUCCUGCUGGAGAUCAACGAUGUGACCAGGGCCUGGGGGCUGGAGGUGGACCGCGUGGAGCUGGCAGUGGAGGCCGUGCUCCAGCUGCCCCAGGACAGUCCAGCUGGGCCCAGCCUGGACAGCACCCUGCAGCAGCUGGCCCUCCACUUCCUGGGAGGAGGCAUGUCUUCAGUGGCAGGAGGUGCCCCACUCCCCGAGCCGGCAGAUACCUUGGAUAUGGUGAACGAGGUUGAGCCGUCUGCCCCUCAUGGUGGUGCCAGGUCCAGCCCCAAGAAGCCUGUGGCCGAGGGACUGCUGAUGGCUCUGAAGCCCUUCCUGUCUGAGGCCCUGGUCAGCCAGGUCGGGGCCUGCUACCAGUUCAAUGUCGUCCUGUCCAGUGGCACUCAGAGCAUCUACUUCUUGGACCUCACUACAGGGCAAGGGAGGGUGGGACAUGGGGUGCCUGAUGCCAUCCCUGAUGUGGUGGUGGAGAUGGCUGAGGAGGACCUGCAGGCCCUGUUGUGCAGGGAGCUGCGGCCCCUGGGGGCCUACAUGAGCGGACGGCUGAAGGUGAAGGGCGACCUGGCUGUGGCCAUGAAGCUGGAGGCUGUCCUCAGAGCCUUGAAGUAGCAGGUUUGUCUGACUGUCCAUAGCCCAGCCCCGAGCCUGGCACCAAGCCAGGGGGGCAUCUUGGAGGAGGAGUCAUUGACACUGCACCUUGGAUUGUUGAGGCCCUGAGAAGUUUCAGGCCCAGCAAGAGCCAAUGAGUGGAGGCUGGGAGACCCUGGAGACUGGGAAAGGCCGAGUCAGGCAGCCCUGCCCUUCUCACCCACAGUGGUUCUCUGGACAAGCCUUUGCUGAUCCUGGUCCCCUGCCGAGUACCCGGUCUGAGCUGGGUACACAGCGCGAUGACAGGAGAGCCAGGCCUGCUGUGCUCUGCUGGCUGCCUGACUGGAGAGCCAGGGCUGACAGAAAACAGCCUGACAGCCGCGGGUUUGGUCCCAGUGUGAGGGAGCAGUGCAUGCAGCUCAGGCUCCAAGCCCCAGAAGCGGGGUCAGAGAGGCUGGAGGAGGGAGAGGGAAGGCGGCCACCGAGAAGAGGUCCCUGCAGUGGGAGGGAUCUGGGGAUGGGCUGGGUCCGCCCCACUGACUGCAGUCCAGGCCCAGGCUGGGGGGGAUGGGGACAGGAAAGGGGCUGGCUCCUCCCCGGCCCUGCUCCUGAAGAUGUCUUGACUCAUCUCCCAGCUCGGUCUUGCAUGCCUGACGGACUGGAGCCCAGGGCAGCAUGAAGGAGAGCCCUGCUGUUCCUGUGCUUUCUGGAGGUGUGAAAACCUCAAAUAAAUGUGAUGUUUACAAUGUA